AUGAAAACUAAGACCAAGAUGGGCAUGAAACCGAAGAAGAAAACGACGAAGAAAAAGACAACGAAAAAACGGAUACUGCCGACGGUGAAACGAGACGGCAUGUUACCUUUUCUGCCAAUGCUGGGCGCGCUCGGAUCCUUGACUGGAGGAGCGGCCAGUGUGGCGAAAGCUGUAAACAAUAGCAAAGCCGUGCGACCAUUAAUAAAAAGUGACAUAAUAAAAAGAAUACAUAGGAUGUCGGAUAAAGAAAAUGAAAAGGUGGAUGAAGCUUUUGGUGAAUUGCUAGCCAAUUUUGUGCGACAAAAUCCUUGUCUUUACGACAAAAAAUGCAAACAAUACAAAGACAAGAAAUUUGUUGCCGAUACCUGGAACUCCAUUACAAGUGCCUGCAAUAUGUCAGAUUUAGUCGAUACGGUGCAAAGACAAUGGAAAAUUCUUCGCAACCAAUUUGCUCGAGAACAUCGCCUUAUGAUGACGUAUGAGCCAUCAGGUACAAGAAAUGAUACAUCUAAGAUACCACGUAAUACAUGGUAUUUGUACGACUCCCUUUUCUUUUUGGCAUCACAUGUAGCCCAUCGUAAUACAUGUAGCAACUUUGUACGAAGAAAUACAAUGAUGAAUCAAUCAUCGCCAUCAUCAUCAAAGUCUGCAUCACAGUUAACAUCUGUACCGUUAGCAUCUGAACCGUUUAGCACUCUGUGGAAUUCAGAUCUUGUUACUGUUAGUGAUGACUCAAAUGUUUCAACUUCAUUAAUAGAAAUAUCGAUGAAAGAAGUUUCAACAGCUUCAGCAACUCCAACAACUUCAUCAACUUCAUUUAGUCAGUCAAAGUCGUUAGCUACUACAAAGAAAAAUUUAAUUUCCCCACCACCUGAUCAAUUUGCAGCCAAGAAGAUGAAGGGAUCUCAGAGAAACGAAGAACAGCUGUCUGAAAUUAUAUGCAGUACGACUAAGAAUAUAAACAAGUUUAUGCACAACUUAACAGAAAAACGCUCGCAAGCUGUCAACGACGAUGGAGAGGAAGCAGCAAUGGCGAAAACAUUAAUUUAUGCGUUGAAAAGAGUAAACUCCAAGUACAAAAUCCAGUGUUAUAUGGAAUGUUUAUCUAUUAUAGAUAAAUAUCACAACAUGACAGCAGAGGAAACAAUUCAAAAUCUAUAA